UUUUUAUAUUAAAUCAAUCAAACUUUCUUUUAUUACGUGGGUAAAAUUUCAAUCAAACUCCUCCUUGUUUCCCUAUUUGCCCACAUCACCUAUUUCAUUGUCAAACAAACACCCCUUACAUCGGGAAGCUACAAAUUUAACUGGAAAAACAAUUAAAUUUACUCCUAUUAUUUAUUUCUUUAUUAUAAGAUCCCCCUCUUUCUCCUGCUUAUCUCUCCUCUCUCUCUUGGUGUCAUUGAUUGAUUUUCAUCAUCAUACAGGUUGGAUUUGGUUGUUAUCAGUAAUUGGAAAUGUUUGUCCGCGUGCCACCACCUUCAGGUUGAAUAAAUUAAUGAAUGAAUAUAAAAUUUAUAUUGACUGUUACUCUUGUUAUUGUUGUUAGUUCCAUACAUCAGAAUAAAGAAGAUAGAAGUUGUUGGGUUUGUGAAAAUUUGAGCAGUGAAAUGGGUUACCUUGAUUCAGUUUUGCAAUCUUCCAAUCAAAUUCAUGCUGAGGAACAACCUGUUACAGGAGGUGGCCUCAGCCAAAAUGGCAAAUUUAGCUAUGGAUAUGCAAGUUCUGCUGGGAAAAGGUCAUCUAUGGAAGAUUUUUACGAGACUAGAAUUGAUGGUGUUGAUGGAGAAAUAGUUGGCCUGUUUGGUGUCUUUGAUGGGCAUGGUGGUGCUCGAGCGGCCGAAUAUGUGAAACACCAUCUUUUUAGCAAUCUCAUUAAGCACCCGAAGUUCAUUUCUGAUACCAAAUCAGCUAUAGCUGAUGCAUACAGCCAUACAGAUUCAGAAUUUCUGAAGUCUGAAAAUUCCCAAAACAGAGACGCAGGAUCAACUGCUUCCACUGCUAUCCUUGUUGGUGAUCGUUUGUUAGUUGCCAACGUUGGUGAUUCUAGGGCUGUUAUAUGUCGAGGUGGUGAAGCUAUAGCUGUUUCCCGUGAUCACAAGCCAGAUCAAACUGAUGAACGGCAACGGAUUGAAGAUGCAGGAGGUUUUGUUAUGUGGGCUGGAACUUGGAGGGUUGGAGGUGUUCUUGCUGUUUCUCGUGCUUUUGGUGACAAACUUUUGAAGCAGUAUGUGGUUGCGGAUCCUGAAAUUAAGGAAGAAAAAGUUGACAGUUCUCUUGAAUUCCUUAUUCUUGCAAGUGAUGGAUUAUGGGAUGUCGUCUCUAAUGAGGAAGCAGUUGCUAUGGUGAAACCCAUCUUGGAUUCUGAGGAAGCAGCAAAAAAGCUCAUGCAAGAAGCAUAUCAGCGAGGCAGUGCAGAUAAUAUCACCUGUGUAGUUGUACGGUUCCUGGAGAACUGCGGUCGUAAUGAUUCCUCGAGUCAAGCCUCAGGCAAGCAUACUGAUUCUUCUAAGAAGCCAACUGGUGGCCAGGGCGAUUUCUCAAAGCAGAUAUCUGACAAACAGGGUGACCCCGCUAAAGUUUCCAAGUAAAUCUUAUGGGUUUGCUUUUUAAUUCUGACUAGUGGCUGCUUAUACAAAUAGACUCAGAUGAAAUUACAACUUGUUCAUAGAUUAGUCGAGAAACAUAUGGACUCGGCGGCGAUGUAAUUGUAAUUUAGAUAUCGUGGAACACCGUUUAUGAUCUAAUUUAACUAUAUACGCCUAGAUGUGAUAAUAUGACUUGUAAAAAAGCUGAGAUUCGCCAUUUACCGUUUUCAAUGGUAAUCAGGAAGCUCACAUCUGCAUUUGUUAAUGUAUACAUCGACUGAGCCCAUUCCUUUU